AUGAAAACAUACCGAAUGGACGACGGUGGACUUGAAUCCUAUUUCAGACCUUCUUUUGUGAUUAAUAGCAAUGUCCUAUGGAUGUGGGGACUGCUGCUCUUUCAAGCAUGGGUGUACAUGUUGACGAUCAAUGCAAGCCUGCAGGUGCCUCGAAGAAAACAGUACAACAUAGAAGAGACUGCUUCAGAAUCUGAGCAAGAUGAUCAAUUCCUUGUUUUUUACAUCACCUCACAUCAGAAAGUUGUCUAG